AUGCCGAAGCGGCUGGCCCGUGGCCCUGACGACAGCGUCUUCGCGCCCGAGAUCAUCGAGACGAUUGCGCGCAUGAUUCCGUGCCCCGCUUCAUUUCGUCGCUUUGUGCGGCUUCUGCAAUCCUGCGCCAAAACUCCAGCACUCGCGAGCCUCGCGCGUCUCUUCUGCGAGCCGUCCAUCGAGAUCGCUUGGCCCAGCAUCGUCGUGCACAGCCCAGACCUUUCGAGCGCAGCGUUCAAGGACCUCGGUGCCAUUUCGACGCUAGCGCCCAAGAGCGUCAUUAUCAGCUACGCGAUCAAGAAGCGCCAAGACUGGGAGGUUGUGGAAGGCAUUGCGUCGCGCAUCACGACGCUCGAGAUCAACUUCGAAAGAAUGACGACUGACCCCGGCUGCUGCUGCGAUAUCCUUGAUGCGGAUACGUGGGCGUACUACCGCACGGCACUUGCGAGCUGCCAGCGUCUCGAGACGCUCGCGUUGAUUGAUUCGACGGGCGACAUGCGUGCGCUCACCACCGACUUCCUGGACCUGCCCCGUCUCACGUCGCUCACGCUGGCCUCCAGGGGUUGCAACGCGUCUACGGCGUCGCCAGACAUGUUGACGCACCUCGUUACGUGGGUAAGCACAAAGCCCGUCACGCACCUCGCGCUGCAGCGCGAAGUGUUUGGUUUGAGGCCGAACGAGCCGAGCAUGAUCGCACUCGCCGACGCCAUUGCCUCGAGCACGUCGCUCACAUUCCUUCGACUGCAUGACGUGCCGCUAUUUUCCACCCACUUUCUCUACGGACGGCGUCUCCCCGUCCACCUCAAGUCCCUCGUAUGGGACCCGUUCCAAUACGGAGCCUGGAACAACGUGCAAGGCUGGCGCAACCUUGCCUCGGCCAUUCGCCACGGCCCGCAGCUGGACCACCUCUACUGCAAACGGUCUGAAAACUUUGUGGGACAGGACGUCGCGGUGCUGGCCAAGGUCCAAGGCCUCACGUCGUUCCAAACGUCAGAGUUUGGGGACGACCCGGAUCGAGCAACGUCGCUUCGCCUCCUCAAGCUGCUUGGCUGCAUGGUAUACUUGAAGCACCUCGGUCUCGUGGCGGUCUGCGUUGACGCUGAUAUCCAUCGCCGGAUCAUCUCGGUUCUGGGCAACAUGCGCGCUCUUGAGACGCUGGCCCUGGAUGUGGCGGGUGUGGCUCCGGACGAAUAUCGCCAAUUGCUGAUGGUUAUAUCGCUCAGCCCGCGAUUGCGCGAGGUCAAGCUCUCCGCGUUCGAGGUCCCGACGGACGUUGUGCUGGCGACCUUGCCGCUCUUGAACGUUGCGACAGAAGGCCUCUUGACCAUGUAUUGGGAAGGCGUGCUGUGCAAGAGCGAGCUGCCAUAUUUUGUGGAGGCCGCCAAGAAGCUUCGCAACCGAAGCUUCGCGCUCAUGCCGCAUCCGUCGCGAUCCGCGAGAUCAAGCCGCCGCUGUGCCAAACUGAUCGCCGACCAGGCGGCGCUGCUUGACGUGCCAGAGCUCGUCCAGACGAUCGCGGCAUUUGUCGCCUGCCCGACUUCCUUUCUCAAGCUUGUGGCUGCGCUGCCGCUCUCUGCGCUGUCGCCGCCGCUUCUCGGCGUUCUGGCGCUCUAUGACCAUGCUGCCGUCUCGUCCGGGGCCGUGGCCGUCGACUGGCCGCUCGUGAUCGUACGCGAGCCGGCGUCCGCCGCUACACUGGUCUGUCUUCGAUCUGUGCGCGAGCUUCUUCCGAGCGUGCGCUUAGGCUACCCACUCCAGGAGCCACAGGACGUCGUCGACCUGCAUGACGUCCUAUACGAUCUCGUAGUCUCGUUGACGCUACACGUGGGCGCGCCCAUGUCCAUAUCCGAUGCCGCCGCGUGCAAGCGCGUCAUGGAGCGUUGCCAUCGCCUGUCGGAGCUCACGGUGCUCAACACGGCGGUGGCCGACGAAGGCGACGCCAACUGGGUCGGCGCCUUGCUGCCUGCCAUGCCGCUGCGAGCAUUCAUUUACCACGGUGACGUACAUAGUCCGCUCGACGCCUCGUUUGUCCGCUCGCUGCUCUACUACCUUGACGACGAUCGCGGCUGCACGACGCUCAAGCUCCAUCGCACCGACGUCGACGUCGCCGGCGACACGACGCUGCUUCCCGCACUCUGUGCUGCGAUCGUUCGCUGCGCGUCGCUCACGACGCUGAGCCUCAACGGUGUACCGUUCCUGCACGGGCCGUUUCUUCGUCAGCAGCGGCUACCGCCCAACGUGUCCCAUUUUGAAUUCGACAAGCAUGGCCUUGUCCGCCAACUUCCGAACGACACGGCCGACCUUGGCGUCCUUGUAGCGUCGGGUCAACACCUCCAACACGUAGCUUGCGAUGCGCUCUCGGUCGCCGAGCCUGGCGUCGCACAUCGUCUACGGCAGCUCACGUCGUUCGAGUACACGUGUCGUCCGUAUAUCGGGUCGCGGCUCUUGCUCUUGCUCUUGCCCCACCUCGUGUCCGUGCGAACACUGGCACUAGGGCUUAUCACGGGACCGUCGUACUUGUCAUCCGAGAAGGUCCAGUUCGUAGCGUGUGUCUUGCCCACCGCGUGCAAGCGUUUACGCCACCUCGACUUGUCCAACUGCGAACUCUCGUUUCGUGCGAUGGCCGUCGUCCUUGCCGCGCUCCCCAAGUGCCGCAGAUUAGAGUCGUUGGCUCUUGACGGCUCAGCGCUCGAUGUGGCGCAUGUGCAAGGUCUACUGCCGCUCCUAGGACUAACCAAGACGACGCUAACGACCGUGCGACUGAAUACGCUCGGGUGGCCGCUCCAUGACCGGCUCUUGCUCUUACGGGCGCUCGCGGUCGCCGAGCCUGGAGUCGGCGCCGUUGCGUCAUGCUUUUCCAGCGCCGACCGCACCGCGUGCGUCGCCUGUAUCCAAGAACUCGGGCUCACACCGACAAAAGAUGCAAAGCAGUGCGUCGUCUACGUUUGA